AUGGGUGUUUGCUUAUCCUGCUGUGAACCGCGUAUAAAGAGCCUCCAAUUAUAUAAGCCUAAUUGCAAUUGUACACUGGAUUCACCGACUUAUGGUUGUCGUCUGGACGAAAAAGAGAGAGAGAAAAUUGACAAGACUGAAAUACCAUUACAAAAAGUUUGUUACAUCAAAAUGGCCAAUACUAUAUCUAACAUAAAAAUGACCAAUCCCAUAAAAAAUUUAGUUAGAUGGUUACAAUUUAGAUUUGACAUGUAUCCUUUUAUAGAAUGA